UCAAUACAACAUCAGUGUCAAUUGAGCUGCAAAUAAUUCAAUUUCAGCUCUAUACUUUGAAACUACAGAAUGUUUUGGGGCUUGACACCAGCGUUAGAUUUACAGUCGUUCUGUUGUAAAAAUAAUGAUAACAAAAAGCUUAAUUUCCUCAUUGUGGGUGGAGCUGAUUGCAGGCAUGUGUUGAAAACCAUAGCAAGAAAAUACAGGCAUGAAAAAGUGCAAUUGAAUUUCUACAUCAUGGAAGGUUGCAUGGAACUCGUAGCCAGAGAAUUAUUAUUUCUCUUACUAGCCUUCAUGCAACAAAGAGAAUUGGGGGAAGUGCAGAAAACACGGAUUUUCAUGGAGAUCUACGGAAACACUGUAGUGAGACCAUAUGUUGGAAAAUUUUUGGCAUCCACCGCCAAAGAAUUGUUAUCGGCGAUUACCGAUUAUGAGCAUCUGAAAAAAAUCAUGCCUUUCGUAAAUCUAAAUGUGAAAUACAAGGAUAGGGAUUAUCUGGAGAAUUUGAUUAAGUUCUGGUGCAGCUCUGACGAGUUUGAUAUACUCCACAGUUGGGACAGGAGGGUCAGAAAAAUGCUUGGUAUGAGGUACGACGCAAAAUUCGGAGCAUUCGACUGGGACCUACACAUGCGUCUCCACUCAAUCGGAGGCAAACAGGUCUCUCCUCAAGAAUACAAGAGUUUCAGAAAAAACGGUGUCUCAUUCACGUGGCUAGAAUCCGAGGUAUCGAAACCAAACCGGUCAUUAAUCUGCGCUACCGUGCCCAACGGAGAAAAAUUCAUCCAUUACGGGUAUCUGGGAGACAUACAGACCGGCCCUUUCGUCACCUACGGCCUGGAAUGCGAGGACGAGGAAUUUCUGAGGUCCACAAACGGCCAGAACAGAUUCAGAGCGACUGACGUGAUUGAGAGGAAUCUGAGGCAGAUAUUCCACGAGAUCGAGUUCGGCGAGGAGUACCAGCACAGCGUCAUGAACGAUUACCUUAUGGGCGCCUUGAGGAUGCAGGAAGCCAACCAGAUGAUCGACAUCAGCGCGGAUCAGAUGAUAUCCAGGCCGAAGGAUUACAAAUCGGUGGAUAUCGAUGAUGUCAGCGUCACAUUCAUGUCCAUCUCCCAGCUGAAACAAAUGGCGUACAAGGAAGAUUUUAAGGCGUUUUUCAAUCUGAUCUACUUCUGUAGUACCCAUUUGCAGUUCUUCGAGAAAGAGGUCAUUAAUAAUGUGGCGGCCCAAAACGCCGUUCUUCUCGUGGAAAAUCAGAGAUACGUUUUGAGUUAUAGAGAUAAAGAGUUGAAGGGUUACGCUGAUAAGGUGAAGGAGAAGUUGGAUGGGGUGAAUGCUGUUGAGGGUAAAUUCGACUGUCUCGGGGAUGACUAUUUUGAAUUCAUAUUGAAUGCUACCUGAAGAAAAUGUGAAUUUGUACGAUG